CGCGCCGCGGCGGCGGCGGCGGCAGCGAGGACGGCACCGAGGACGGCAGCGACGGCAGCGACUUAGGGGGCGGUGGCUGCGAGGCGGGCGCGCAGCUAGCGGAAGAGGCGUCUGUGGGGGCGACUAGGUCGCAGAGGAACAUCGUUGGGAUCAGUGACUACCGUCUGUUCUACAAGAUGAGUAACAGCCACCCUCUUCGCCCCUUUACUGCAGUGGGGGAAAUUGAUCACGUGCACAUUUUGUCUGAGCACAUCGGUGCCUUGUUGAUUGGGGAAGAAUAUGGUGAUGUCACAUUUGUCGUGGAAAAGAAACGUUUUCCUGCCCACAGGGUAAUUUUAGCAGCCAGAUGUCAAUAUUUUCGAGCGUUGCUGUAUGGUGGAAUGCGGGAGUCUCAGCCUGAAGCAGAAAUCCCUCUUCAAGACACCACUGCAGAAGCAUUCACAAUGCUACUCAAAUAUAUCUACACUGGGCGGGCGACACUGACAGAUGAGAAGGAGGAGGUGCUGCUGGACUUUUUGAGCCUGGCUCAUAAAUAUGGAUUUCCAGAGCUGGAGGAUUCUACUUCUGAGUAUCUCUGCACCAUACUUAACAUUCAGAAUGUCUGUAUGACUUUUGAUGUCGCCAGUCUCUACUCACUUCCCAAGUUAACUUGUAUGUGCUGCAUGUUCAUGGACAGAAAUGCUCAGGAGGUGCUCUCAAGUGAAGGUUUCCUCUCCCUUUCCAAGACAGCACUUUUAAACAUUGUGUUAAGAGAUUCAUUUGCGGCUCCUGAAAAAGAUAUUUUCUUAGCCUUGUUAAACUGGUGUAAGCACAACUCAAAGGAGAAUCAUGUGGAAAUCAUGCAGGCUGUGCGUUUACCUUUGAUGAGCCUCACUGAACUUCUCAAUGUUGUGAGGCCCUCGGGACUAUUGUCUCCGGACGCCAUUCUGGAUGCUAUUAAAGUACGGUCGGAGAGCCGGGAUAUGGACCUCAAUUAUAGAGGCAUGCUCAUUCCAGAAGAAAACAUCGCAACUAUGAAGUAUGGAGCCCAAGUUGUAAAAGGGGAGCUGAAGUCUGCCUUAUUAGAUGGUGAUACUCAAAAUUAUGAUUUGGAUCACGGAUUUUCUAGGCACCCAAUUGAUGAUGACUGCCGUUCAGGCAUUGAGAUUAAGCUAGGCCAGCCGUCCAUUAUCAAUCAUAUACGGAUACUCCUGUGGGACCGGGACAGCCGGUCUUAUUCCUACUUUAUUGAAGUGUCAAUGGAUGAACUUGAUUGGAUCAGAGUGAUAGAUCAUUCGCAAUAUCUAUGUCGGUCUUGGCAAAAGUUGUAUUUUCCAGCUCGUGUCUGCAGAUAUAUUCGAAUAGUUGGGACCCACAAUACAGUAAACAAGAUCUUUCACAUUGUGGCUUUUGAAUGUAUGUUUACAAACAAAAUCUUCACUCUGGAGAAGGGUCUGAUCGUUCCCAUGGAGAAUGUUGCAACAAUUGCUGAUUGUGCCAGUGUAAUCGAAGGAGUCAGUCGGAGCCGAAAUGCCUUGCUGAAUGGGGACACUAAAAAUUAUGAUUGGGAUUCUGGCUACACGUGUCACCAGCUAGGAAGUGGUGCAAUUGUGGUUCAACUGGCACAACCAUACAUGAUUGGAUCAAUACGAUUAUUACUUUGGGACUGUGAUGACCGCAGCUACAGUUACUACGUUGAGGUUUCUACCAACCAGCAACAGUGGACCAUGGUGGCUGAUAGAACAAAAGUCUCCUGCAAGUCCUGGCAGUCGGUGACUUUUGAAAGGCAGCCUGCCUCCUUCAUCCGAAUCGUUGGAACACACAACACAGCAAAUGAGGUGUUCCACUGUGUCCACUUUGAGUGUCCGGAGCAGCAGAGCAUCCAGAAGGAGGAAGGCAGCGAAGAAUCAGGGACAACGGACGACAGCCUGCCCAGUCAACAGCUUGACCCUCACGCCCUGCGAGCCCCCAGUGGCGGCUCUCUGCCCCCCAGCCCAGGCUCCAGCUCGCGCUCACCCAACCGGCAGCACCAAUAAAGGAGGCGGCAGACAUGGUGUGACUGGGUGGGCCUGGGAGGCAGAGGAGGUGUCCCCCGGGCACGGUGUUUGUGGACUGCCCUCCCCACGUCCAGGGAGGAGCAGGCUCGGCUGCAAACUCGGACACAGAACAGGUUUCCUCCCAAGGACAGCAGGGCCCGCUUUGUUCUCCUCCAUUUGUCCAAAUCAGGCUAGUCUCCAGGGGGAGAAACGGGUCUUCAAUCUUCAUCAAGUCCACCAUUAAAACCCUACCUCUCUAAUCUAACCCAGGCAGAGGGACAGAAGGAAGUGACACUCAGGCCCCAGCCCACUGCAGAAACGGCAGCAGACCCGGAACAGAAGAGAAGGCACUAGGCCCUGCUGGCCCAGAGCGCCUGUAGGAUUGGGUCCCCUGGAGCGUUUUCUUUACCCACACUGGCCCUGGCGGCUGGUGUGCCCUCUAGCUCCUCUCCUCCGCCGACCCCUAGCUUUCCUCAUCUCUGAGACGCGCUCCAACGGCAGAUGGCUUGUUCUGAUCCCUCUACACUCAUUUCCCUCCCUUGGUUUUGAACGGUUUCAGGGCAGGGCAGAGACUCUUGUCCCUCCGACUCCUGAAUGAGAUGCAGAGGCAUCUCGUGGUGACACCUGGUCUCACAAGGUAAAGCCUCUGAAGACGUUCAACAAAAUACAAGUGAGCACAUCAGUCUGUGGACAUUCGAGUCAAUAAUCGUUCAGGUUGCUCAGUUAUUAACCUGUCAUUCCUGAAAUGUAUCCUGCCUUUAAGCUUCGGCAGCUGACGAGGAAAUAGUUACCAUGCCAGCUGCUAAUUUAACACUCGGAAGUCUGUGGACAGACAUGCCAGUUUCUGGCGGGCUUGGCUCUGUGGCCUAGCAUCGGGAGCACAGACCUGCGCCUCUGCAGCCUCAUUGUGCUGCUGUGUUUUCCCCAUACUACGGCACCCCCUGGGCAUUGGAAAAGGCAUUUCUCAGAAACUUCUCUUCUAAUCGUCCCCGGGAGGAUCUCGUACGACUACGACAGCUCCAUCUGGCUUUCUGUCACUUACCAGUGGUUUCCUUUCCAGUGCUGGUGACCCCUGGUGAUGUACACCUAUGAUCAUCUGCAGUUCCGCUUCUCUCCAGAUGCUCUGCGUCCGGGCCGUCAGCUCUGGCCUGAGAGCCUCCCUGGCAGUGUGGCGAGCCGCUGAGCUGCCCGGUGGUCCCCAGGUGCCCAGCACACCCCGGGAGCCUGCUUAGAGGAGUGGGGCAGGCCUGAGGGCUUCCUUUCCAGUGUCUGAAAGACAGUUGGGGUAUAGAAAGGCUGAAAGGGUCAGCGCCUGUGCCUCCCAUUCAGCUUGGUUCUGAGUCCACACUGAAUGGUGAGGUAGUGUCCAAGUGCAGGGCUGGGGUGAGGUCAUCUUUCUGUGGGAACACAGGCCAGCAGGAAACAGAGGGUCGUCUAGGUGGGAGAGGUGGUCCUGGGGGAGAGGCGCCUGUCAGCAGAACUCUGCCUGCUUCUCCGCUGUGUGCCAAGUGGGACCCCCUCCGGGUGCCCAGCAUGUCCGUGUGACAGGCUCCUUGGAGGGGUGCCCACUAUGGUGGGGCGCUGCCGCCUCUGUCAGCAUCCAGCCUGCAGCCGCCAGUGGGCACCCGAGCCCCCGCCCGCCCAGCAGUCCUUCCAUGCUGUUUGUCCCCUGUCCCCUGGGACAGAGGGGCCAGGUCAGUCCCAGGGGCACAGAGACACAUGUCCCAGGUAGAGGGGGCCCCAGGUGACUGGGCUAGUGACAGCUGAGAACCCACCACUGCCAAGUGUCUCCCUGCAGGUGCCAGCAGCUCUGCCACAUCCUAGAGGCCACACCUGUGGCUUCCCGGGCCAUGGCUGGCCUCUGUCCUCUCUGCUGGGACUUCCUCGCCUGCCAGAGCUCUUCCCGCCUCCCCCAGCACCUUAGGUGCCUCCUUUACCAGGGCUGAGGGGAGGACGGGGUGGCACUGGCAGCAGGUGGCCACAGAGUGCUCUGCGGGUGACUCUCUCCUACCCUGGCCCCAUCUGUGUCCCUGGAAAGCCUCCUCGGGGUGCCAGGAGGACACUGGCCUCAGCAGGCCGGAGGAGCCCUCCGUCCCUCGAGGUCUUCUGGUUGGGGCAGGAGGUUCUUUCCUCAUGUCCAUCUGGCCCAGGGGCCACAGUCGAGGUGUGUCACACCACACAGGCCUGCGGCGUCUCCGGGCCAGGGACGAGGGAGCAGCCAGGAAGGAGUCUGGCCUGGACAUCUCCAGGGCUUGGC